UUCAUUUCCGGGGUCGAAUCCGGAGGCUACAUUAUCUUUAAAAACUGGGACAAACAACAUACAACAACAAACACCAAAACUACAUGUACAGUUCCGUAUACAGAGGAAUAGCAAGAAGAUGAAUUUCUUAAGAGGAGUUAUUGGUGGGCAACCGGCGGGGCCGCAACUAUCCGGAGCAGAAACGAUUCAGAAACUGUGUGACAGAGUGGCCUCCUCCACCCUGCUCGAGGACCGAAGGGAUGCGGUACGAGCUCUCAAAUCUCUUUCAAAGAAAUAUCGCCUGGAAGUUGGCACACAGGCCAUGGGUCAUUUGAUUAAUAUUCUGCAAACUGACAGCUCUGACUCAGAAAUAAUUGGUUAUGCAUUGGACACACUGUACAAUGUCAUUUCCAGUGAUGAAGAGGAAGAACAAGAUGAAUUGGAAGAUGCUGAAGUCAAGUCCUGUAUUGUUUGGGUAUAUUGUUUAUUUCUCUCACCCAUCUCCUUGUGUUUAGAGGAGAGCUCUCAGAAGGAGGCUGAUGACCUUGGGGCCCAGCUUACAGAUGCAUUAAUCAAUGAGCAAGACAAUGUCACGCUAAUCUUGAGCCUCUUGGAGGAAUUUGACUUCCAUGUGCGAUGGCCAGCAGUCAAGCUUAUCACUGCCUUGCUAAAGAACCGGCGUGGCCCUGUCCAGGGCAUCAUCCUUGUCAGUCCCAUGGGCGUAUCAAGACUUAUGGAUUUAUUGGCAGAUUCAAGAGAAAUUAUUAGAAAUGAUGCUCUUUUGCUGCUUCUGCAGCUGACAAAAGGCAAUGCGGCCAUCCAGAAAAUUGUAGCUUUUGAGAACGCCUUCGAACGACUAUUGGACAUCAUCUCAGAGGAGGAAAACGGCGAUGGAGGUAUUGUGGUCGAGGACUGUCUAUUACUUUUGCUCAGUCUGCUCAAGAACAACAGCUCAAACCAGAAUUUCUUCAAGGAGGGCUCUUAUAUUCAGCGCAUGAAGCCCUGGUUUGAAGUUGGGGAUGACAACUCUGGUUGGUCUGCCCAGAAGGUGACCAACCUCCAUCUCAUGUUACAGAUGGUCCGAGUGAUGGUCUCGCCUAUGAACUCCCCUGGAGCCAUCAGCAGCUGUCAGAAGGCCAUGUACCACUGCAGCCUUCUACAGCAGCUCUGCAGCAUUUUGAUGGCCACUGGUGUCCCUGCUGAUAUUCUCACUGAGACCAUUAAUACAGUAUCAGAAGUCAUCCGCGGUUCCCAGGACAACCAGGAUUACUUUGCGUCUGUGAAUGCUCCCUCCAACCCUCCAAGACCCGCCAUCGUGGUGCUGCUGAUGUCCAUGGUGAACGAGAGGCAGCCCUUCGUCCUGCGCUGUGCGGUUCUCUACUGCUUUCAGAGCUUCCUGUACAAAAACCACAAGGGCCAAGAAGAGAUCGUUUCCACGCUCUUACCUUCAACGAUCGAGACGAACUCCAUCACGGCGGGCCAGCUGCUCUGCGGGGGCCUGUUCUCCACAGACUCGCUGUCCAACUGGUAUGCGGCGGUGGCGCUGUCCCACGCCCUGCAGGACAACCUGGCCCAGAAGGAGCAGCUCCUGAGGGUACAGCUCGCCACCAGCGUGGGCACGCCACCCAUCUCCCUGCUCCAGCAGUGCACCAACAUCCUCUCCCAGGGCGAUAAGAUCGACCGCAGGGGCAGUAAAGCCCAGACGCGAGUAGGACUGCUCAUCCUGCUCUGCUCCUGGAUCAGCAGCUGCCCCAUUGCAGUCACCCACUUCCUGAAUAAUCAAGCAAAUGUCUCCUAUCUGACAGGGCAGAUCUCUGAGAACCAGGGGGAGGAGGAGAGGCUGGUGCAGGGCCUGUGUGCCCUGCUGCUGGGCAUCUGCAUCUGCUACAACGACGACUCCCUGGAGAACCACACAAAGGAGAGGCUGAAGCAGCUGAUAGAGAAGAGGAUCGGGAAGGAGAACUUUGUGGAGAAGCUGGGCUUCAUCAGCAAGCAGGAGCAGUACUCCCGAGCCUCCCUCCUGCCUCAGCCCACCGGCCCUGCCCCCGAACACAUGCUGUUCGACCACCAGUUCACCCAGCUGGUCAAGGAGCUGGAGGCUGUGGUGACCAAGUCGGUGUACAAGUCCAGCGAGGAGGAGCGGAAAGAGGAGGAGGUGAAGAAGGCUCUGGAGCAGCACGACAGCAUAAUGACGCAGUACAAAGACCUCAUUAGGGAGCAGGAUGCCCAGAUAACUGAACUGAAAGAGCAGGUGGCCUCCCUGAGCUCCCAGACUGAGCAGAUGAAGCUGACGAUGUCACAGCAGAUGCUCCAGAUGCAGCAGCACAAAGACCAAUACAGCAUCCUGAAGCUGAAGCUAGAGAAGGGGAACCAGCAGACAGCAGGCCAGGUAGAGGAGGCCCAUUUGAACGGGAUGCAGUUGGAGGAGCUGGGCCGUUUGAGGGAGCAGCUGCAGGAGUUGCGCAGCCACAAUGCGCAGAUGGAGGCAGAGCUGACCGACAGGGAUGCAGUCAUCCGCUGCCUGAACUCUGAAAAGGCUCAGACUAUGAAUGGCUUGGAAAACAAUGCACAAAUUCUGAAGGAGCUGGAGGCACUAAGGGGUCGUGUUGAGUCACAGUCAGCGCAGAUCAGUCAAUUACAGGCGGAGAGGGAGGAUUUGCUGAAGACCGCUGCCCAAUCAGCUAAAGUAGCUGUGGACCCAGCGGCAUCAGACCUGCAAGGUCUUCUCACUGCCCAGACCCAAGAGUCCGAGAGACUAAAGGAGGAGGUGAGGAGGCUGGCUGAAUCCAGGGCCGGUAUGCAGCAGCAGCUGGCCUCAGUCAACAGCACCGCGGCUGUUCUGGAGGCGGACCGGACCAAGCUCCAGGAGGAGCUGACAGAGUCCAAGAAGGAGCAGGACGAUCUGCUCAUGCUGCUGGCGGACCAGGACCAGAAGAUCACCACUCUGAAGAACAGGCUUAAAGAGCUGGGAGAGACUAUUGAAGAUGAAGAUGACUUGGAUUCUCUGGACCAAUGUGAUGAUGAUGAUUGAACUGGAUGGAUUGAACAGGAAUCCUGUUCUCAACAGAAAGAUGCAUGGACCACACUCAAAAACUUGAAAAGACAGGUCUAGUGUGAAAUCUCCACUUGGUUCCUAAAAUUCCACACUAGCUACCUUUUACCUUAGACAGUUUGUUUUUUUAGAUUGUUAUUUUUAAUAAGAACAUGCUGUGUUCCUCGCAAUUCAUUCUCCGUGUGUUUAUAGCAAUGGUUUCAGAAUUGAAGUCGGUGAGUUGAAGUGGAUCCCAGCUGCUUUGCACAUGUAUUUUUACGAUAGCCAGUAUCAGUAUGGGUUUGCAUCGGUCUGACAGUGUCACCCGAGGUGAAGGUGUGUCUUGGGGGCGUGUGUGCUCUUUGAUGGUAUGAGAAUUCUAUCUUGCCUGCCAUUGCAAUACUGUAUGAGAUUCAUUAGAGGUAAUGUAUGCCUACUGUGCCUUCUCCCUAGCUACUAGUCCAUAUUCAGGGUGUUUUUGCCAAGAUUUUGCCUGACUCAACACCUUUAAAUGCCAUGAUGUCAAAUUUGGCCAAUGUAAGAAGUAUAUUUUUACUACUGUUAGGUUCAGGCCUUCAGAAUCCCUUCAGUGCUUGGUGACAUUUUACCCCUUAUACUGUAGGUCAAUAGGAGGUGAAUGUCUAUGAAAGAAUGUGAAUAUUUAUAAAGACAAUACUGUAUGUGUGAAAUUCAAAUGGAUGUUUGUAAUGUGUAUCAAAUGCAGGCAUAUAUUUCAAAUAUUUCCACACAGCAUCCUCUGUGUGUGGACCCUGACCCUCGUCUUUGUGUGAAUGAUGCAAGCCGGCUUUAUUAUGUGCAAGAGCUUUUCAUUUGCGAAUGGAGAUGCGUAAAGUGGCGGGAAAAAGUGUGUGUUUUUCAUAUUUUCAUCACUGAAAAACACCAUCGGAAGUCUAGAAAACCAGCAUAUGGGUAUACCCGGGUGCUGCUGUGCAUCAUUAUCAUUUAAUCAUUUAGUGAAAAGCCAGACGGCUAAAUUAAAUCAGCAGUAAAUGGUAAAGGGCGUCUCUACAGGCUACAACACACUUGAUUAGUCCAAAGCACUGUCGCUUUAGUGUUCCCACGGUCCUCUCUAAUUCAUGUUCCUGCAAUGGACAGCUUUUCUUCAGUCUCAUAAAGCCCUUUCACUCCAUUUCUACACAUUUUGAUGACCGCAAGACAAAAACCGCACAUUGACACCCUCAAGAUUUUGCUGGGAAAAUAACAGCCAUUUACCCUUUCAAAUGAAUCCGAUUUCAAUUCAAUGUUCGAGUUCUUCUUUUAGGAGAGGGUUAGAGAACGGUGGUUAAAACACAAGUUGGUUUGAUUUAUUUGUGGUCCAAGUUGGAAGUUUUAUGAAAUAAUUUGUAAGAUUUAAAAUGACCAAAUGUUCAUUGAGACCAGAAUAUAUAUCCUGUGGGAUCGAAGUUGACAUGGGUUUGAUCAUCUUUUGGGAAAUUUCAUUGCUAACUGGUACAUAAACCUGUUUCAUAACUGUGAUUGCAUGUCGUGCUAACAGCAUUAACUGGUCACCACUUUCCUGGUGCUACUACUGUAUAAUGCAAUGUAUUUGAUUACUGUGAAGCCCACAUGAAUAUUUUUGACAUGUAACCCUGUGUCACAAUAGCCAGUCCUCUGCCACUCAUAUAUUUAAGUUUAUUUGCAAUAUUGUAUUUUUGAAGUUUUAUGUUCUGUUGCAGUGAUUUGUAUAGAUUAGUCAUUUAAGAUGAAGCUGGUUUGUUGAACAUUUGACUGAUAUCUGGAUUGAAACUAGUUUUCAUAAAUAUCACAAGUGUGUGCCUUACUGGCCCAUAUGAAAGAUUUGCAACAUGGGUGUAUUGCAUUGUUACUCAAACCGGAUGUUUUGCGCCAACCGGCUUUGUCUAAACGGUCACACCCCUUGAGUGCCGGGCGUGCCAUUUUGCCAAAAAGUCAACCUUGUUGGCUCAGGAAUGUGCACUGCCUUUGAGCCAAAAUGGCCCGCGAUGACCAAUCUAUGUUUACCCAGAUGGGCUGCUGCUGUGUUUUUCUUUUGUCAGGCUGGUCUGAAAGGCAGUAAAUAAUUACUGCAUUGAAAUGUGCCAAUGGUUUCCGAAUCAUAACCUUAAAAAAAUGCUCUUUUGCAUUUUUGGCCUGGAGACAAAGUAAUGAAUUAACUUGUGGUGAUGAAGUCAUUUGAACUGUUUUCUUUUUUUUUUCCAGCACUGUUACAACAUGACUGAUCUCACCAAUAUAUGGGUAAAUUCCAGACAGUCAUUGCAUGUUCUGACUAGUUGCCUACAUUUGUAUUAAGUUAAAUGUGCUGAAAACUACAUGAGUAACAAACUAAGAUGAACCUAAACACACAAUACUUAUGGAAUAUACACCACACUGGAUGGUGGAGAGUGAUGUAAGAAUAUUGUAAUAUUUUGGAUUAAAAGUUUUUCCUCAUCCACGGA